AUGGCGCAAGAAACCGACGACACUGGCGCUGGCACCACUGUAUUCCAGACCUACGAACUGCUCGAGAACAUCAUGCUACGCCUGUCCGUGAAGGAGAUUCUCAUCGUUCAGAGGACUGCAAUGCACUGGCGUUUGGUGGUCCAACGCUCUCAAGAUCUCCAAGAAAAGCUCUUCUUCAAAGCCGCUGGCGAGCCUAUCAGGCCGAUCCAGGAAGACGGAAUCGUACAUCCCAGGUCACCGCACAGCAUACGGCGACUCUUUUAA